AUGACUGAAGUAGCUGAUGGCAAUAAUAGUAUGAGAUCAUACAGACGUAGGUUUGCAGCCUUUGCGUCUGAUGCAUCAUCGUUACGUGUUCGCCGAAAUCUCAUUAGACAGAUCGAGUCAGAUGUAGAACGAGAUGAAGAUAGAACACGAACUCCAGCUGAAAUAAUAAAUGAUGUAUUAACUUGUAUUCAAGAUCGAACAGAAGAUCCAGCCAUAAGGGUUGAUAAAUUGGGAAGUUUGGUUCGAUUAAUAAAAAAUCAUGAAAGAUUAAAAUAUACUUAUCCAGCCGAACCAUUUUUAAGAGGAUUAAGGUUUUGUGUUGCAGAUUCAGUUAAAGAAGUAAGAGUAGCAGGAUAUCGUGCUUUACGUUAUUUAAUUGCAGAUGUCACAACUUUGGAACAAAUAGUAAAAUUACAUUACGAAAUAUUUUUUAUGAGGUGUGUUAGAGAACAAGUUUUAAAGAUUAUAAGAACAUUUUCCGAUGUUCCAGGAGGGACAAAACAUAUAUCACUUGGAAUAUUAAGAUGUAUAGUUUCCAUAGUUGAACAAUCAGAUGAGAAAUUACGAAAUAUUUGUUUAGAGACUUUGGCUGAAAUAAUGAUUAGAGAACCAAUACUUAUUUCUCAUUGUUCUGGAAUGAGAGUAUUAUUACAAGCUUUAAUUGAUGGACCUUUUGAAAUUGCGGAAUAUUUAAUGGUUUCUUUGUUGUAUGUUGUUGAUACUCCGAAUUACAGAGAAUGUAUAAGACCUGGAGUUGAUUUAGAGAUUGUUCUUUCAGGAUUUACAGAUGCAUGUAAUAAAGGACCCAAAUAUAAUCAAAGAAUAAAAGCCAGUUCUAGAGCAAUAACAGUAUUAUUAAAAUCAUGGACAGGAAUUAUUUAUUUAUGUAUGGAUAAUAAACAAGCCAUAAGAUCUAUUGUAGAAUCAUUUAGAAUUACAUCUGAUGAUACACGGGAAAUAAUGCUUGAUAUGUUUUUCGCCAUUUUUCGAAUCAAAGCACCAGAAUGGUAUCCGAGCUUUUUAUCUGGAAAAAGGCUCACGAUUUAUGGAUUAUCAUCACCACAAGAUAAUAAUGGAGAACCACCACCUAAUCCAUUAAAGUGUAAUGACAGAUUAAAUUUAUUAGACCAUCAUUUGGUAAUAUUAUUAGAAAUAUUUAUAGAUGCAGGAUUGCUUGAUGCAUUAGUUGAAAUUAUUGAAGAUAAAAACCAACUAUUAGCUCGUAGGGCAACUCUUUUCAUUGGUGAAAUACUUCAAUUAGCUAAUAGAUUAUUAUCUGUAAAUAGAUCAAUAAAAAUACAGUCACUUCCCAAACUUUUUAAUUUAGCCACAAAAUUUGAUAAUGAAAUAGUUCGUCAUAAUGCAACUGCUGCAUUAUCACAUAUUGAUAACUUAAAUCGAACUCGUAGUCGUCUUCAAGUAGUUACUGAAUUAUUACAAGGUCCAUUAUUAAAUCCUCGUCGGUUGGAGGAAGCAAUUAAAACAAAAUUUAUGAAACGCCUUUUGGGAUUUUUUCGUCCAAAUAGUAGACGAUUUUCUGAAAUCGAAAGGACUCCUUUAUGGUGUACACUUAUUACAACACUUUUGGCUAAUAUUGAUGGUGUCAAGUAUUUAGAAAGUAAUAAAUUUUUAAGACAAAUUGCGGAAGGAUUAAAUCAAUUAGACCCAAUCAACGGAACUUUUGAAAGUGAACCAUUAUUUUCUAAAGAAAGAAUAAAUAGUACAUUAACUGCGGGUUAUUUUACAAUGAUAGGAGUUCUUAGUAAAUUUAAAGAUGGUGUCAAUGAAUUGAGAAGUCGGGAAGAUCUUAUAAAGGCUAUAAUAACGAAUCUUGAUUACAGUUUGGACGGGCAUCCUCGUAUUCUUCUUUCUAAAGUGAUGACUUCUGGGUAUAAGCGAGUUCGUCUUUAUGCCACAAAACACCUUGGUUUGAUUUUACGAACAUCACCCAAGAAAUUUAAUGAAUGGGGAAUUCAAUUACUUAUAACUCAGUUAUAUGAUCCUGCAAUGGAAGUAUGUCAAAUGGCAGUUCAAGUUCUAGAAGAAACAUGUAAUCAAAAAGAAAAUAUCGAAUUACUUGUUAAAUUAAGACCUAGUUUAGAUAAUUUGGGGGAAGUGGGUAAUCCAUUAUUACUAAGAUUUUUAUCAACUUCAAUUGGAUUCAAAUAUCUUUCUGAAUCUAAUUAUGUUGAAAAAGAAAUGGAUGAUUGGUUUCAGAGUCGUAAUCAAUAUUACGUGACUCAAUUAGAAGUUUCCUUGGCAAAUGCAUUGAAACUUGAUGGAGAAGAAAAUCGUGCUGCGGAUGAUGAUGACAAGGACGUCAAAAUGCAUAACUUUGAUGGAAUGACUCCCGCCCAUUUUUAUGGGGAAUUGACAAAAACCGAAGAAGGAUGUCAAUUACUUCGAGAAAAAGGUCAUUUUCGAGAAUUUGCGAAUUUCAUAAGAGAACAUGGAAUGGAAAAGAGUGAUACCCUUAUUAUAUAUAAAUUAAAAUCUAUUCUUUGGGCUGUUGGUAACAUUGGUGCAUCGAAAAGUGGAUUACAAUUUUUAGAAGAAGAAAAUAUUAUAAAAGAUAUUGUAUACAUAGCAGAAAAUUCGGCUGUCUUAUCAUUAAAAGGAACUUGCUUUCAUGUUUUGGGCUUAAUUUCCAAAACUGCAUCUGGUGCUAAAGUAAUGGAAGAUUUGGGUUGGGAAUCUGUUUAUGAUUCAUAUACCGAAAUUGGAUCUGGUUUAUGCUAUCCUAUUAAUUCCCAAGCAUUUCUUUCAUGGUCAUAUAAAGGAUUUGAUUCUGCACCCGAUCUACCUAUUAAACAUAUUGUUCCUUCUUCACAAGCUGAAAGAGAUUUAUUAAGAGCCAUGGCUAACUUGACUAAUAGGAUAUUAUCAAGUACAGGUUCAAAAAGUUUGUCAAAGAUAAGGAAUCAACAUCCCGAAGUAUUUACUAAAUUAGAGACUUAUUAUAAAAUAGUUCAAAUGUUAGCUUCAUAUCAUUAUAGAUUACCCACAAGAAGACUUGUUAGUGAACUAUUUAAUGUAGAUUUUACUGCUGAAACUUUUGAUCAACUUGAUAAUUUGGUGGAAACUUAUAAUCAUUUAAAAGUUAAUGGAAUAAAUAAUUCUCAUGAAAAAAUGACGACAAAUGUUGUUGGUGGGGUUAAUAAUCAAAAACUCCAUCAACAAAGAAUGUCAAAUUUUACUAGAGUUCAUCGAGGCAGUGAUGGUGUUAUAAAUGUAAUUUCGGAAUGUCAAGUUGAUCCGAAUGCAGAAGAAGUUGUUCCAAAACAAGACUUAAAACCUCUUACUGUUAUUAGAGGUUUUACAGCUAAAAAUUUUUUUUAA